AAAUAGCUGCUUUAUUAGAUGCAGUAAAGCAGGGGACAUAGAAGCACAAAGUAAAACAGCAGGAGAAGAAGAAAUGAUCAAGAUUUGGCUGCCAUGUUCUUUUCGUGCCUGUUUUAACAGAGUCUCAGUCAUAGCCUGCCUUCAUCUCUGAAGGGACCAGGCGACCCACCGAGUGCCUCGGCAGCCUUGUUAUUGCAUGCAAUCUUCACAGACAAGAUCUCACUGCAACCAGCUUUCUACAGGAGCACAAGUGUGACAUUAUACUGAUGACAUCAUUCUCAGAGAAAAUUCAUUUUACGCACUAAGGACACACAGAUACAAGGAGGCUUACACAAAGGGAAUGGAUCUUUCCCCAACACAGCAGUGCAAGCCCCUGCCACUUUGCUUCAAUUCCUGAAAAUUCCUUGCAUCAGGGCAGUGAUUGCUGACCACAUACUGGACCCUCUGGAAACAGAGGGCUCUGCAUCCAUGUCCACGAGCCUUCAUGCCCAUCUGGCCAUCAGGCCUUGGGAAGCAGCACCCCACAGCCUUGGCACAGCUGCAGAGACCUCCUUGCCUCAGGAUGGAGUCAAACCUGGACCCCCUGCCAUUCUCAUCUGCAGGAAACACUGGCCUCCUUCAUCCUCAGGCUGUGUUGCUGGAAGUCACCCAUCUCCGAGGCCCCUUGGGAUUGACUGAGUGACCAGCAGUGAAGUUCAUCCACCUUCUGAAUGGAUGCCAUCAUCUGACGUGAUGGAGCUCAGUGUGUUGUUGCUGCGGUCUUCCCUCCCUUAGCCAGGAUGUCCCUGAUAAAGGAUGACACCCAAGCCUCAGCACAACUGGCCAAACUUGAGGUGGUCAUCUCAGCACUGAUGCCAGGCCAACAAUUAGCCCCAUUUGUACAUUUUUACAAAUUUUUGGCAAUUGCCAAGAAUUAUCCACCUUCCCUCCCCAUUGAAUUAAAGAAACUUCUUGCCUCAUGGAUACUCAGAAUACAAUCAAGGUAACAGAUGCCUUUUUUAUAACGAAGGACACAGUAUGGAUCUCACAGGGACACUCCUUAUCCCCUGCAGAGUUCCUGACACUACUGAUGGUGACCAAGGCAACAUUUCCUCAGAAAACACAGUGCUAGGCUUGUGAAAGUGUCUAGUAGGGCUUCCACUGCCCCUAUAGGCUGCAGGCAGCUGCUUUAGUUGAGAGAUAGACUGAGCUCCUCAAAGAAUUCCUAUUUAAGUUACAAAGCAGCGAGUGGAUGCCCUGCUGGGUUCCACUGUUGCCACAGGCUUUGAUUACUCUAAGUUCAUGCUUCUUAGGAAAGUGCACUUUUUACACCAAUGCUACACAGUUCCCUCAGUUGCCUUUACUGGACAUCAAAGAGUUCACAUUUUUGACAACCGUUCAGUCCUGGACUGUCCAAGGGGUGGAGCUAGCUCAGUACAGGAAGCUGCCUGCUGCGUGUGGAUCAGUAAUAUCAGACUUGCGCAACAACUCACUGGAGACAUGAAAACCAAUGCAUGAGGGAUGCAUGACGUCACCCAAAUAAUUAUGAACACUCUUGUGCUGCCAGAGACCCCAGAUCUCUAAACCAAUGCAUGGGGAAUGCAUGAUAUCACCCAAAUAUUUACAAACACGCUUAUUCUGCCAGAGACCCCAGAUCACUUUUCCUGCCUCCUGCUAAAUAAAUGGGGGCAGUAGCUUUGCAUCGGCUUCCACAUUACAUUACUCAUAACUGUGGCCUUCGUAAUCUCUUAUGUCCCUAAACACUUAUUACAAUGUCUCAGCAGCUUUCGCUCAGCCUCUCAAAAUAUUAGUCAUCACGAAAAUAAAUGUCUGAUGUUAAAGCAUCAGGGGUCAAUUGUAUUGUGACACCUAAAAUUUCAUGCAGCACCCCACCAUGUCCUCAGCCUAAUGGCUUUCAUGCCCCCACCAGACUGCAAAACUCUGAAUUAGUCAAGCACAUCCCUGAAGGGACGAGGGGUUACCCCACCCUCUGAUUUCUACCAAGCCUGCCUCCCACACCAUCUGUUCCAGAGAGCAACCCUGGGUAGACCUGCAUAAAUGCAGUGUCAUCCCCCACUGGGCUGAGUAUGUGUGAGGAGUAAAUUACUGGGGAUUUCGUCUGCUCAGUGUUUGUUUUGUCUGCAGCCAUUCCCAGAAUUCUAGGGCAAGACUAGCUUCUUCACCAAUAGGGUGAACAGGAAGGAACCCGAGUGGGAAUUGCGUUUUUAAAAAAAUCCCUUCCCACCCUCUUAAUUACGUAAUGCAUGCAUUUUUAUAGCUUUUUUGCUCAUUCCAUUACCUGAGGUAAGCCACUGAUAUUUAACCCCUCCUUAGCCUCGGAGGAGGGCAGAGGAGCACUGGUCAUAUUGAUUUCGCUAGCGGUGACAUGAUUUCCUCCUGUGCCACUCAAAUUCUCUCCUUCUUUAACUUGAUGCUCAGUAGGUUGUGUUUCUCUCAUCUUUGCAGAUUGUUAGGAAGAUGAGAAUCAGCUUUCAUUUUUGGUGUUGCCAUAGAGAAGACUCCAUGGUAAUCUUUCUUUGCACAAUCAACUUUUUCUUUUCCCCCAGAAAUUGCAAAUUCUUAUGUGAGAGAUAGCUUUCUGGAGUCUGCAAACAUAGAUUAUCAUCUCUGUUUUGAUGGUAAAUUUCUUAUAUCCCCACCAACAAUGAAAUACUUACAUAUCAUUUUGGCAUGUCAUAUUGAUUGCCAACUACACGUAAGAACAUUCCUUGAUUUUAAAUCUAGACUAAUUAUGAAAAUUAAGGUAGUCCCAAAAAAUUAUUGUGUACAAAUUUAUAGACCUUAGGAUUAAAUGAGUUACUAUUAACUAAUAUUUAUUGUGCAGUCAGUGUAUGGCAGAAGCUUACUAUGUACUAUUUCAUUUUAUACUUAAAACAAUAUUCUAUGCAAAAUGCUAUAAUUUCCCCAUGCCUCCAAUUUGGACAUGAUAAAACUGGGUCUCGUAAAGUUUUCAACCCAGAGUUCUCUGCAUAGUAAGAAGUAGAAGUAAGUCUAAACCUAAGUCAUCUGAUUUCAGAGCCCAUAUAGUUAAAUGCUCUAAAUGCAGCUUCCCAUGGUGAUGGUGACUAUGAGAGCCUGUCACAUGAUGUAGGACAGUGCUUCCCUGUAACGUGUGCAAGAUUCCUGUGAUGAUGGUGACUGUGAGAGCCUGUCACAUAUGAUGUAGGACAGUGCUUCCCUGUAACGUGUGCAAGAUCCCCGUGAUGAUGGUGACUAUGAGAGCCUGUCAGAUACAAUGCAGGACAGUUCUUUCCUGUAACAUGCACAAGAUUCCCGUGAUGAUAGUGAUUAUGAGAGCCUGUCACAUAUGAUGUAGGACAGUGCUUCCCUGUAACAUGCGCAAGAUUCCCCUGAUGAUGGUGACUAUGAGAGCCUGUCAGAUACGAUGUAGGACAAUGCUUCCCUGUAACAUGCACAAGAUUCCCAUGAUGAUGGUGACGAUGAGAGCCUGUCACAUAUGAUGUUGGACAGUGCUUCCCUGUAACAUGAGCAAGAUUCCCAUGACUGUGGUCAUGGGAAUGGUGACUAUGAGAGCCUGUCACAUAUGAUGUAGGACAGUGCUUCUCUGUAACAUGCGCGAGAUUUCCGUGAUGAUGGUGACUAUGAGAGCCUGUCACAUAUGAUGUUCGGCAGUGCUUCCCUGUAACAUGCCCAAGAUUCCUGUGAUGAUGGUGACUGUGAAAGCCUGUCACAUAUGAUGUUGGAUAGUGCUUUCCUGUAACAUACACAAGAUUCCCAUGAUGAUGGUGACUAUGAGAGCCUGUCAGAUACUAUGUAGGACAGUGCUUCCCUGUAACAUGCACAAGAUUUCCAUGAUGAUGAUGACUAUUUGAGCCUUUCACAUAUGAUGUAGGACAGUGUUUCCCUGUAACAUGCACAAGAUUGCCCUGAUGAUGGUGACUAUGAGAGUCUAUCACAUAUGAUGUGUGCCAGUGCUUCCCUGUAACACGUACAAGAUUCCCGUGAUGAUGGUGACUAUGAGAGCCUGUCUGAUACGACGUAGGACAGUGCUUCCCUGUAACAUGCACAAGAUUCCCGUGAUGAUGGUGACUAUGACAGCCUGUCACAUAUGAUGUAGGACAGUGCUUCCCUGUAACAUGCACAAGAUUCACCCUGGAAUCUUAUUAAAAUGCAAACUCAUAGACCACACUUUGACUAGCUAAGACAAGAGCAUUUAAAUGGAUGUCCAGGUGACAGUGCUAAGAUCCUACUGUUCAUGUGGGCACUGGCUCACCAUAUGAACAAAACUUAGGACCUCCAGUUCCUGCUGGAAAAGAAAUACAGAUAUAUAGGAUGUGACUGUGCAUAUGGAAUAUCUGUUGUGUUCUCGACAUUGUACUAGACACUAGAGAUAAAAAUUCAAAUAUCCCUUGCCUCUUUCUGAAAGGAGCUUCCUACACAGUGGCUUCUGACUGCAGUGUAUAUUUUCUCUUCUGUCCUGGGUGGGUGAGCUCUAUCUCAAUGUUGGUAACUGAAUACUGACCAGUGGGUUUGACGGGGGAGAUCAUAGCUGGCUGCGCUCCCACAUAGCUAUGACCAUAGCAUAUCUCGUGAUGCCAUUUCCCCCUUGUCAAAAGGCUCCCUCCAGUAUCAUACACACUCUUCAUGAUUAUAAAUUCUUCCUCCUUCCACUAAAUGUUCCCAAAUUUUGCAAAGAUAAAAACAUAAACCACAUUCUUGUCAUAUUAGUUAUAUAUUAACGAUGAAAGUUCCUUACUUUUCUUUCUUUUUUUUUUUUUUGUGACGGAGUAUCGCUCUGUCCCCAGGCUGGAGUGCAGUGGUGCGAUCUGGGUUCCCUGCAAGCUCCGCCUCCCGGGUUCAUGCCAUUCCCCUGCCUCAGCCUUCCGAGUAGCUGGGACUACAGGGACCCACCACCACACCUGGCUAAUUUUUUUGUAUUUUUAGUGGAGACGGGGUUUCACCAUGUUAACCAGGAUGGUCUUGAUCUCCUGACCUUGUGAUCCGCAAGCCUCGGCCUCCCAAAGUGCUGGGAUUACAGGCAUGAGCCACCACACCCAGCCCAAGUUCCUUACUUUUCAUGUGUUUAAUAUUUUUUCCCAAUUUAUAGAAUAUAUUAAGAAUAAAUUUUAGCCAUGCAAAUCUAUUACAAACUUCACGAUAUACUUUGCUAUUUUUAUAUUUCUUAUACUCUUAUAAAAUGUGUGUUCUGGACUCAAGUUGGCUUCCAUUUCUUCCCUCUGGCUUCUAUUACUUUAGGCUAUGAGCAGAGAUGGACGAGGUGGCUACUGUAAUGGAUCAAGGCUAUGAGCAGAGAUGGAUGAGUCAUCGGCUGUAAUGGAUUAAGGCUAUGAGCAUCUUGUGAAGUAGGAUGUUAAAUAUGUAAAUGUCAGAAUGAAUCCAAACUUAACAAUUCAAAAUUGGAUUGUAAAACAGCUCAAAAAAGACUGAAAACACAGCUCUACACUUUAGGAGGCUGAGUCAGGCAGAUUGCUUAAGUUCAAGAGUUGGAGACAAGUCUAGGAAACAUGGAAAAACCGUCUCAACAAAAAAAUAAUAUAUUUCUAAUGAGCUGAGUAUGGUGGUAUGAGCCUGUGGUCUCAGCUUUUCAGGAGGCUGAGGUGAGAGGAUUGCUUGAGCCCAGAAGGUAGAGGCUGCAGUGAGCUCUGAUCACGCCACUGCAUUCCAGCCUAGGUGACAGAGUGAGACCUGUCUCAAAAACAAACAAAAAUAACAAACAAAAACAGCUCUAAACGAAAGUGGCUAGAAAAGUAGCUCAAGUUGUUCCUGUCUGGUUAAAUAGAAACAUAAAUGAAUUACUUAUGUGCCCCAGUGGCUUCAUAAUGCUGAGAGCAAAGUCAAUUAUUCUAGCAGGUUCUAGAAAACUUAUAUCAUGGGGUUCAAUGAAAAUAUCAAAUCAUAAAUAUAAUAAUCAAAUCUGAAAGUGAAUCUAGUUUCAAAGACCUCAAAAGCCAGUGUUUAGGUAGCUCUUUUCCGAUAGAGACAAGGGAUUAUUUGACUUCUUAUCUCUGUUGUCUAGCACAAUGCCCAGAACACAACAGAUAUUCCAUAUGCACAGUCACAUCCUAUGUAUGUGUAUUUCUUUUCCAGCAAGGACUAGAGGUCCUAAGCUUUGUUUAUAUGGUGAGCCAGCGCCCAAAUGAUUAGCAGAAUCUUAGCACAGUCACCUACACACUCAUUUCAAUGCUCUGGCCCCUUAUCCAAGCUAGUCAAAGUGUGGUCUAUGGUUUUUCAUUGCAAGGGAUCCCCGGGUGAAUCUUGUGUCUGUCAAAGGAGGAGAAGCACUGCCCUCAAAAUAUAGAAAAGGUGAACUAAUUUAUCCAGGCAGCCUGGCUAUUUAUUCAUGUAUUUAUUUAUCUUGUUGAUGGGAAGAUUCAAAUUGACAUACACAAUCACCCUCAUAAGGAUUUCAGGUAAAAAACAAACAAAGGUUUAGAUAUCAGAUGUGUUUUACAAUUACCGCACCAGUCUUUUUAUUACAGAAUCUAGUAGCAUAUUUCCAAUAAAUCUAGGUGAAAAUUUCUAUCUCAUGAGCCUUCUGUCAGUAUUUUUAAAAUUGGAUACUCUAUUAGUGGCCAAAUUGAAUCUCUUACAGACAUCUCACUCAAACUGUAUUCAUACUUUCCAAUAGGCCCCAUAAAAAUCCUUCUUCUGGAGCAAUCUAAUAUAUUUAUCCACCUCUUUAGACACUUAGGUAAGUAUAAUACAAGUUUUUGUGUGUGUGUGUGUGUGUGUAGUGUGUACCUUGUGGACUUUUGUCCAGUUUCUGCAACACCUGACGCUGAGGCAAGUUUAAUGUAAAUAACGUCCAGCAAUGUUAGAAAUGUUGACUUUUAUUUGCCCAUCAGGGAAAAAAAGGUGAAUGUUAUUGUAGAGGAAAUUUUCAUUCUGGAAAAAAUGCCUACUGUUUGAAUAUUACUUUCAUGCUUUCCACAGAUAUUAUACACAGAUAUUAUAUUGCAAGGAUUAUGUUUCAAAGUCAUCAAAAAUAGAAAAUACAUUUUAUAUUUCUAGCUGAAAAUAAGAACAGUAAUUAGCCUACCUUUGGGGAAAUGUGAUAAAAAUACUAAUGACCAUCACAACUCAUUAAAAGCAUAAAAUGUGCAAUGAUUUAAACUACAUGUUAUUUCUAUGAAUCUGCGUAGAAAUGUAGACACAUUUGAUAAAUGCCAUUUAAAGUCUGAGUGCUUUGGUAAAUGAUUCAUCUAUAGGUUGAAGGGAUUACUUUUAUCUGCCUUCAUAGUGAGAAUUAGAUUUCUGUUCUUUAUAAAGCAGGGAAUACAGAUUGUGCAAGGAGUAAAAGCAUUCAAUCCUUAUUAAUAAUGAUGGUAGCUGAGCUGCAGAAAAGAAAGCCUGUCAGAGUAACGUGUUCAGUUUUACAUCAUAAUCAGAGUGUGUCCAUCUCUGUUGAAGGCAGAAUUAAAAACGCCUUCAACAUUUUUAAAAUAAUAGAUGAAAAACAUCUCAAAGUCACUUUUAAAAUUUGAAUUGACGAUUCCACAUAACAGGAAAAGGACCAGGAACAUCUUAAAUACUUCACGAUGGAAGUGAUGUUUUAAGUGUAAUUUCAUCAAGGAGAAGUUUUUCCAGAAAGUCUUUUGACCUCAGUAAGAAGCUUAUUUACUCUGGUAAAUAGUUUCUAGUAAGAUGAGAAAGACUUGAUUUUUUAAAAACAAUUAAAAAUUUACAUUGUUUAAUCUAAUGUUGUGAUUUCGAAAGUACUACUUUUGCUCUUAUAGUUACGCAUGUGUAUUUAUAUGCAUUUUCUUGGUUCAUUCAAACACCAAUAAAAUACUUUACUAUCCAGGCCCCUUAAAAGCCAAAUUAAUUUCUAAAAGUGAGGAUUGUAUGUAUGCUGUGAGGUGUGCGCAGGUGUAUGCGUAUGAUGUGUAUGUAUGGUGUGUGUAUGUGGUCUGUGUGUGUAGUAGGUUCAUGGGGUAUGUAUGUGUGUGGUGUGUAUUGUGGGUGCUAUGUGUAUAUACUGUGUGUAGUUUGUGGGUGGUGCAUGGUGUGUAUAUGUGCUGUGUUUGUGGUGUAUGUGUGGUGUGUGUAUACUAUGUGUGGUGUGGUGUGCGUGUGAUAUGCGUGUGUGCAGUGUGUGGUGUAUGUGAUGUGUGUGUAUGUAUGGUGCUGGGUGUGUGUGCACUGUAGUGUUUGAUGUGUGAUGAGUGUAGAAUGUGUGGUGUGUGUGUGCACAGUGUGUGUGUUGUGUGUAUGUGAUGUGUGUUCUCUGUGUGUAUGGUGCUAUAUAUAAGUGUGCAGUGUGUGGGGAGUAUGUGUGGGGUGUGUGUUUGAUGUGUGUGGGGAGUAUGGGGUGUGUGUGGUGCUGUAUGUGUAUGUUGUGUGUGUAGUAGAUUCACGUGUGGUGUAGUGUGUGCAGUGUGUGGGGCAUAUGCGUGUGUGCACAUUGUGCAGUGUGUGGUGUGGGGAUGUGCGUGCGUGUGCACAUGGUGUGUGUGCAGUGUGUGUGGUGUCUGGGGUGUGUGUGUGCACAUGGUGUGGUGUGUGUGGUGUAUCUGGGGUGUGUGUAUGUGCACCUGGUCUGUGUGCAGUGUGUGUGGUGUGUGUGUGGGUGUGUGCGUGUGCACAUGUGUGUGCAAUGUGUGGUGUCUGUGGUGUGUGUGCGUGUGCACGUGGUGUGUGUGCAGUGUGUGUGGUGUGGGUGUGUGUGCGUGUGCACGUGGUGUGUGUGCAGUGUGUGUGGUGUGGGUGUGUGUGCCUGUAUACAUGGUGUGUGUGCAGUGUGUGAUGUCUGUGUGUGGUGUGUGUGCGUGUGUACAUGGUGUGUGUGCAGUGUGUGUGGUGUGUGGGCGUGUGUGUGCGUGUAUGCAUGGUGUGCUGUGUGCAGUGUAUGUCGUGCCUGUUUGGUGUAUGUGUGGGGCAUGUGUGCUUGUGUACACGGUGUGUGUGGCGUGUAUGUGGUGUGCACAUGUACACAUGGUGUGGCAUGUGCAGUGUGGUGGGUUGUGUGUGCAGUGUGUGGUGUCUGUGUGUGGGAUGUGUGUACACAUGGCGUGGUGUGUGCGGUGUGUGGUCUGUGGGGUGUGUGCGUGUGCACAUGAUGUGUGCGUGCAGUGUGGUGUCUGUGUGGGGUGUGUAUGCGUGCACAUGGUGUGUGUACAGUGUGUGUGUGGUGUGUGUGCCCAUGGUGUGUGUGCAGUGUGUGGUGUCUGUGGUGUGUGCAUAUGCACAUGUGUGUGCAAUAUGUGGUGUGUUUGUGCACAUGGUGUGUGUGCAGUGUGUGGUGUCUGUGUGAUAUGUGUUCAUGUGCUCAUGGUGUAUGUGCAGUGUGUAUGGUGUCUGAGUUGUGUGUGUGUGCACAUGGUGUGGUGUGUGCAGUGGGUAUGGUGUCUGUGUGGUGUGUGUAUGUGCAUUGUGUGUGGUGUCUGUAUGGGGUGUGUGCCUGUGCACAUGGUGUGGUGUGUGCAGUGUGUGUGGUGUCUGGGGUGUGUGCAUGUGCAGAUGCUUAUGUGCAGUGUGUGUGGUGUCUGUGUGCGCACAUGGUGUGUGUGCAGUGUGUGUGGUGUCUGGUGUGUGUGUGUGCACAUGGUGUGGUGUGUGCAGUGUGGGGUGUGUGCAUGUGCACAUGGUGUGUGUGGAGUGGGUGUGGUGUGAGUGGGGUGUGCAUGUGCACAGGGUGUGUGUGCAGUGUGCGUGGUGUCUGUGUGUGCAUGCGCACAUGGUUGUGCAGUGGGUGUGCUGUGUGUGCAGUGCGGGGGUUGUGUGCGUGUGCACAUGGUGUGUGUGCAGUGUUUGUGGUGUCUGGGGUGUGUGUGCCUGUGUGUGGGAUGUGUAUACGUGUGUGUGGGGAAAAGAAAGAAAUCAGACUGUUACUGUGUCUAUGUAGAAAGAAGUAGACAUAAGAGACUCCAUUUUGUUCUGUACUAAGAAAAAUUCUUCUGCCUUGAGAGGCUGUUAAUCUGUAACCCUACCCCUAACCCUGUGCUCACAGAAACAUGUGCUGUGUCGAGUCAAGGUUAAAUGGAUUAAGGGCUGUGCAGGAUGAGCUUUGUUAAACAAAUGCUUGAAGGCAGCAUGCUUGUUAAGAGUCAUCACCACUCCCUACUCUCAAGUACCCAGAGACACAAAACACUGCGGAAGGCCACAGGGACCUCUGCCUAGGAAAGCCAGGUAUUGUCCAAGGUUUCUCCCCAUGUGAUAGUCUGAAAUAUGGCCUCGUGGGAAGGGAAAGACCUGACUGUCCCCCAGCCUGACACCGAUAAAUGGUCUGUUCUUGGGAGGAUUAAUAAAAGAGGAAUGCCUCUUUACAGUUGAGAUAAGAGGAAGGCAUCUGUCUCCUGCUCCUCCCUGGGCAAUGGAAUGUCUGGGUGUAAAGCCCAAUUGUAUAUUCCAUUUACUGAGAUAGGGGAAAACCUCCUUUGGGCUGGAGGUGGGACAUGCUGGCAACAAUACUGCUCUUUAAGGCAUUGAGAUGUUUAUAUGAACAUCAAAAACACAGCACCUUUUUCUUUACCUUGUUUAUGAUGCAGAGACAUUUGUUCAUAUGUUUUCCUGCUGACCCUCUCUCCACUAUUACCCUAUUGUCCUGCCACAUCCCCCUCUCAGAGAAAUGCCCGAUAAUGAUCAAUAAAUACUAAGGAAACUCAGAGACUGGUGCCGGCGCGGGUCCUCCUUAUGCUGAGCGCCAAUGCCCUGGGCCCACUUUUCUUUCUCUAUACUUUGUCUCUGUGUCUCUUUCUUUUCUCAAGCGUCUUGUUCCACCCGAUGAGAAACGCCCACAAGUGUGGAGGGGCAGGCCACCCCUUCACAUGUGCACAUGGUGUGUGUGCUGUUUGUGUGGUGUCUGUGUAUGGGUGGUGUGUGUGUGUGCACAUGGUGUGGUGUGUGCAGUGUGUAUGUUAUGAGUGAUUGCUUCUCUUAGCAUGUGGACAUCAGUCUUCAAGACCAGCUUUCUCCAUGUGUCUGGGAACAUAAGAAACAAGUUUCUGCAAUAAUUUUUACACAGGUUUUCCAGAGAGGGACCAAAUCUCUGUCGUGAGUGGGUAUCUGCGCCUUUGCAGGAGGGAAUGUGAUGUCCUGGCUUGGCUCACACCUUCUGAGGGCUUAGGCAGUUUUCCUGCUGGAUCCCUCACUGUGGCCAGAGAGGGAGGGCUCUGUUUCACCACAGGGAACCAGAAGAGGACUGGUGCGUGGGAAGACCAGGUAAUCAUAAUGGUAUUAAUAAUAGUGGUAAUAAUACUGUUUUAUACAUUGUAUAUGUCAUAAGGAUUUUAAAUUUCAUGUAACAUAAUUGUUGUAAAAAUGUCCCCAGUGUGUUUUGUGCUAUUUGCGUGGUGUUGAAAUAUGUAAGAAUUUACAUUUUAGGUACAUUAGGUUUAUUCCUUUUUAUAUGGUUUCUGUUUGAAAUUUUGAUUUUAGAAGACAUUCAUUCUCAAGGUCAUAAAACACACACACAUCUAAUUUUCUUUUCUCUCUCUCUUUUUUUACAUUUAAUACUGGAAUUAACUUUUAUGUAAGGUGUGGGACAAUGAUUCAAUUCUGUCAUUUUAUAUUCUCAAAUCAUUACCCAAUAUUUUAAUACCAUAAAUGGAACAAUCGCUCUGUUUUGUGGGUUUAAAAUGUUACCCUGUUACUAGAUAAAAUUACACUCAAUUUCUGUGUUUUUAAUUCCCUUUCAUUAAUGUGUUUAUUUUUGUGCCAUUUCAAAUUUAAUUUUGAAUAGUGACAAUAAUCUAAAAUAUCUUAUAGUAAAUUUUAUAAUAUUGGCUCUCAUUGUGUGUAUGUUCAAUAUAUGGACUUAAAAUCACAUGUUCUUGUUCAAAAAUAUUUUUCUUGGAAUUUUUAUUGGAAUUUGAGCAUAUUUUUAAAUGCUUUACAGCAAACUAAAGAGCUAAUAUUAUUGAGUCCUCUCAUCCAGAAUGUGACAUGCAAAUUCCUCAAACCUCCCUUAAUGCCAUUUAGUCAGAAUUAAUAUGUUAAAUCAAUAUAAAUUAGUAUAAAUGAGUAUAAAUAAUGAGUAAAAUAAAUUAAUGUG